AUGGUAGUGGUUGAGAUAGCAUUAGCAGAUGCCAUUUUUGCAGAUUAUCGAAGAGAGGAGGAGAGAGAAAUGAGGGUUUCAUUCGAUGUUGAAACAAUUAGUUUAAGUGUUAAGUCCGGAGGAACAAUGUUAGGGACUUCCAACUUCAAUGGUUCGAAAAAAGAUCUCGCUGAUGAUUUCGCAAAGUAUAAUUAUAAAUCUGAAUGGUUCGCAUUGAUUUCAAAUAGUCGUGGGAUUAGUAGCCCGUAUUUAUGGAAUAUUUCAAUAUUGAUUGGGGUUAUAUUAACUCCAUAUGGAUACUCAAACGGUUACUCAAAUCUGGAAGGAAGAUUAGAACAUUACCAACUUUUCAACCAAACCCUCCCCCAAUCUAAUCUCGAUUUAACUGGGAUUAUCAAAGCAAAGUAUGGACAAGAUUCUUGCAAUGUAGGAGACAAAGGUAGUUUUACGCCAAAUGUUCAAGAUAACCGUGAGCGGCUGAUCUUACUUAUGGAAGAAAUUGAGAAGGCUGGUUAUACUGGUAAGAUCAAAAUUGGGAUGGAUGUUGCAGCUUCUGAGUUUUAUACCAAGGAUAGGAAAUAUGAUCUAGAUUUCAAGAAACAGCCAAAUGAUGGAUUUCAUGUGCAUACAGCUCAAGGUGAUCUUGGUGACCUCUACAAAGAAUUCAUUAGAGAUUUUCCUACUGUUUCAAUUGAAGAUCCAUUUGGCCAAGAUGACUGGAAUUCAUGGGCUUCACUACAAUCUUCAGUAGACAUCCAACUGGUAGGAGAUGAUUUGUUGGUGACUAAUCCAAAGAGAAUUGCUGAAGGGAUUGAGAAAAAGGCUUGCAACCUAGCAAGGGAUGAAUUCCUAUAA